AUGAGAGGGAAGAUGAAUUGUUCAACUGGUGAAGUCAUUGCUGUGGUUUUAUCUUCUUGUGCUGAAUUGGAUAAGUUUCAAAUGGCUAAGGAGAUCCAUGGGUAUGUUAUAAGUGAUGGGUUUCAGGAUUAUAUGUUUGUGCAAAAUUCGCUUAUAUCUGUUUAUGGGAAAAAUGGUAAUGUAGAGGAAGCUAGAAAUUUGUUUAUGGAGAUUAAGACGAAAAACAUAGUGAGUUGGAAUGCGUUAAUUUCUUCAUUUGCGGGUGCUUGUUUUUGUGAUGAAGCUCAAGAAAUUUUCUCCCAGUUGGUAAACCUUGAUGAUUGGAAAUUGAGACCCAGUGUGGUAAGUUUUAGUGCUGUCGUUGGCGGUUUUGCUGCCAAGCAGAGAGAAAACGAAUGCUUUGAAGUCUUUCGUGAAAUGCUGCUUUCUAGGGUUCAUCCAAAUUCGGUCACAAUUGCCAGUCUUCUGUCUUUGUGUGCAGAGGUUGUAGCUUUGGGUUUAGGGAAGGAAAUUCAUGGGUAUUCGAUUAGAGCUCUGAUGGAUAAGAAUAUAUUGGUAGGAAGUAGUCUAGUUAAUAUGUAUACGAAGUGCGGUGAUGUCAUGGACGGAUGUUCAGUAUUUGAUCGAAUGGAAGAUAGGGAUUUGAUCUCUUGGAAUUCGAUGAUUGCAGGGUAUGGCCCGGGUAAUCUUCGAAAAUUUCAUCGUGAUGGGGAUAGAUCAAUGCAAUGGACCAUGUCCAAAGGUAAUCCAACAACCAGACUCGAAUACCCAACAAUGUUGAGCGCUAAAACCGUUGAUUUAGCAUCUGGUGAUGGUGGUCAUCCGUAUUCUGUAUCCAUGAAUUCUUGUUCAUGUGUACAGGCCAUUCACCAGGGUCCACUUUAA